AUGUCAAAUCCGCCGUCCGAUCCCGAAGAUACCUUGCCUAACCCCCUGGUGACACCUGCCGCGCCUGCCCAAUAUGAUUGCUCAGCAGAGGUCGAACAAGCUCGGCCCAAUCCACGUCACCACUUGUCGCAUUCACCGCAGCAAAACCUGUCCCAGGGGGCUCCACUGGCAUCCUCCCCGUCCCGGGCGGAAUCCCCCACAAUUCGUCAAUGGUCUCAACCGGCGCCUCCGUUCACUGUAAAAAGGGCUUUCACGAACCCGCAGGAGAAUUUCCCCCGCCCCGAAACCUUUUACAGUCCACAAUUGUCCGAAAGAGACAGUAUCUUUGCAACCCACUACCUUCCUACCGACAGCGGCGCCAAUACCCCACAAUUGCCCCCGGCAAGGGCCCCAGAGAAUGAGCGCCAGGUGAAUUCCAUUCCGCGCCUCGAUGAUGUGCACGGGUCUCCAAGUCCUCCCUUUAAGGUCUCUCCCCACCAUCCUCACGUCGACCCUUCCCACAUGGAAGUUGACGUCCGCAGACAUCUCCCAUUACGCUCUUCACUAUUCCCUUCGUCCGAUGCCUCCCCUUUCUCUGCUUUGCGCUCGUCCAUCUUCACUCCAGACCAGGUGAAGGAUCAAGAAAGGGAAGCUGGUGUUCAGUUACUGCAUACGCCGGGUGAUCCAGGUACAAGGUUUGAUAGCCCAGACUCACCGACCGAACGCAGUCUUCUUCCUUCUGUACUAGACGAUGUCUCUCAUUCACCCCAGUCUCUGACGCCUGAUUACGGGCGGCCGCCGCUGAGCCGAGAAGGCGUCUCCUUCGAUUCAUUCGCCGAAUCUUCUCGCGCCGUGGCCCUAGAGCCGAGCUCCAGUCGAGGUCGUCGUGGACGUGUGGAUAGUUCAAUCGAGGCAAAUCUUAACAACGCGGAGCCUGCCUCAAACGUGCGCAGUCGUAAGUCCAGCCAUUACCUGGGCCUAUUCAAAGAGAAUACCACUUCACCAGAACGGAAAAAAUGGGAGGAUCAACCCCGACAGCAAGAUGAGGCCGCAGACUUGUGGGAUCGUGCUAUGGAACACAACAUGCAGACUUCGAAUCUGCCAUCGGAGGAUACUGGGUUGAUUCGGAGGAGCAUCUCUCUCCCCUCCCUCGGGGAUGGCCCGUCAUUCGAAACCCAACCUGAAGUUGAAUUUCACCACCAGCCAGAGGCAGAAGAACCUUCCAAGCGCCGGCCGCCAACACUACCUCGUGGCCUUCUUGAGGAGAUCAGAAACUUCCAUUUGACCCCAGGAGGAGCGCGCGGUUCUUCUUUUUCUCGGAGUAUUCCCGCGCAGUAUUCGGAACGCAGCAGGAGUUAUUUUCAGAAGGAGCCCCAUAUUGAGCAUUUUGCCGAUUCACUGAGCUCCGUUGAACAGGAUGAUCGACGCGAAUCGGCACAAUUUGAGGACGAGGGCAAUGAACAAAUCAAGUCUGCCGUUUAUUUCCCCCACGAACGUGUUGCCAUAUCCGAAGGGGUCAGUGACCCACGAUCGGUAGGGCCAGAUUCGCAUGGCGUGCAGCCAGUGAAACUUUCUGCAGCCGACAAGAGUCAUGGAUUGAUGUUAAUACCUCAACAACGUAGUCCUCCCCCCGAGCAAGAAGUUAGCCACGUGGAUAUAUCCUUUCGAUCUAAAAAUGAAAGUAAGAUUCUCCAUGGUGAUCUUCCGGAUCUCCGAGCUCCCUCCGAGGGUGUACCAGAGAAAUCUUUGGGUGCGAUUUCCGAGUACAGCUAUGAUUCCACCGCCGAAUCAGAUGCAUUUUCUGCAGAUGAAAGUGCAAAAUCGGUUGAUGAUUCCAGCUUGACUGACGAUGUGGAUAUCACGCCCACUGCCACGCCCACUCAGCACUCACGCAUCCUGGAACGUCGCAAACCAACUGGGCCCCUUGGUGCUGUUGAGUUGAAGCCUUAUAGGCAUCAAGUGGGUGGUCACACAACCGUAUUUCGAUUCUCUAGGCGUGCCGUCUGCAAACAGCUCAACAACCGGGAGAAUGAGUUCUAUGAACGAAUCGAACGAAGGCAUCCUGAUAUGCUACUUUUCCUCCCCAGAUACAUUGGUGUUCUGAAUGUAACCUUUUCGAAGACUCCAAAGCGACCGAAAGACCAGACCGAAAAUGGCACUCACGAGAAUUUGGAAGCCAAACAACCCAAUGGCGCCACUGGAACGGAUUCACAGAUUCCUGAGCGAAUCGAGCCUCAGCGAAUUGUGAGCCAGAGCCAGGUCACUGGCGUGAUCCCUAAAGUGAUCCUUGAAAACAACCGCCACAUCAUCCCAGCUGAUCUUUUCUCACGUCAACGAUCGAGAAUAGUCAAUGACUCAUCGAACGGCCGACCUCGCUCCGCUGGUGGACUUGGGGAGCCGAGCUCAAGUCCUAAUUCAUUGAGUAAUCAAGCGAAGAUAUGGGGAGCUACAACUGUCAACCGGAAGCUUCAGGAACAGGUCCUUCGAGAGGUCUUCAGCCCUCCUGCUAUUCACCACCACCGAAGACACGCCCGUGGACAUUUGCGUUUGCCGAGAACCACUUCGGAAUUAACUCGUCGUGGUGAACACUUGUCCGAAGAUCAUACAUCUGUGCGUCCUUCAGCUGUUGGCAAGGUUGAGACAUUGAGGGCGCCAGUAAUGGAUAUUGCGCGAUCUGACCCUGAAACCCCUGCUCUCUCAUCAUCCGCAUCCACGGCUUUGGAUGCAAACCGUGAUCGCUUAGAGAGGGUGAAAACCGAAGAUACGCCCAAUCGCGCAAGCUCCCUCAGCCGUGGGCAGCAUGUACGAAGAAGACAUUCAGGCGGUGGCCUUCAAAGGCAACGAAGUAUUGGCUCUGAGAAAAAGGGUGAUUUGAUGUUUUUUGAAGACGACGGAUACGGCGGAGAUAGAGAGGACGAAAUAUUCUCGAUGGAGGGCGAUGCACCUGCGUCUGCAGAUAUCCCGCUAUCAGGAAACUCUACUUCAAAGACCUCAGAAAACACCCCAAGCGAACCUUCCACCACUGAACCCCCGCCAUCCGACAGGAUAUCUGCUGCCUCUUCUCAGCUAAGGUCACAGGAUGCUUUGGCAGCCUAUCUGCCCAGUAAUCCCAAGGAAGCGCAGCUGAGGAAUGACGAACGAGUCCAGUUCUUCCUUCUUCUUGAAGACCUCACAGCUGGCAUGAACAAGCCAUGUGUACUAGAUCUGAAAAUGGGUACCCGACAGUAUGGCAUUGAGGCAAAUGAGAAGAAGAAGAAAUCGCAAAGGCGCAAGUGUCAAUCAACAACAUCGCGGCAACUUGGAGUACGUCUAUGUGGCAUGCAAGCCUGGAAUGUCAAGAAACAGGAAUACAUCUUUGAAGACAAAUACUUUGGACGUGACUUGAAAUCUGGCCGUGAAUUCCAGGAUGCUCUCACCCGCUUCCUUUACGAUGGUGUCAGCUAUGCCAGCGUGGCCAAGAAGAUUCCCGGCAUCUUGGAGAAACUGUCACUGUUGGAACACAUGAUCAGGAAACUCAAUCGUUAUCGUCUCUAUGCCAGCAGCCUCUUGCUUCUGUAUGAUGGAGAGCCAGCCACUCCUCCACAAACCCCCAAUCAAACUACUGACCCUACAUCCCGACCCGGAGCCUCCGAAGAUGGUAAGAAUAUCAACGUUCAACUGAAAAUUGUUGAUUUCGCCAACUGUGUCACCGGCGAAGACGAAUUGCCCCCUGACACCCCUUGCCCUCCACACCAACCCAAUGAUAUUGAUCGUGGGUACCUACGAGGCCUUCGCACAUUGCGCAUGUAUUUCCAGCGUAUUAUGAACGAAGUCACAAAAGAUGAAUUUAUUGAGCGUGGAGAGGGAGAGGGUAUUGCGCUAGGCUCCCAACCUGCUGUUCGUGAAUUGCCCUCGGAGCAAUAUUGGGAUGACAAUGUGAUGGAGAGUGACGCGGGUGAAGUCAGCUUCUGA